CAAAAACAAAACUCUCAACUCACAACAGUUCCAUCUCCAUUAACACUUUCAAUUUCAUCAUAUAACUAUAUAAGGUAAUUUCUACAUCAUCCCUUUUAAUUAUAAUUAUUGGGGAUCGAUCUACAUCAACUUCAUUAUAAAAGAUGAGAUUCGCUUGGACGAUGUCAGUUGCUAUCAUGUUACUGACUCUAUCUAGCCUACAAUUAGCAUCUAGUCUACGGUUUGUUAUUGAUAGAGAGGAAUGUUUCUCCCACAAUGUUCAGUAUGAAUGGGAUACAGUCCAUGUUUCUUUCGUUGUGAUCAAAUCUGAUUCCCCUUGGCGUACAGAUGACGGUGUUGAUCUAGUGGUGAAAGGACCGGAAGGCGAUCAAAUCCAUGACAGUCGUGAUCAGAUCACCGAGAAAUUUGAUUUUGUUGCUCAUAAAAAAGGACCUUAUAAAUUCUGCUUCACUAACAAGUCACCUUAUCAUGAAACUAUCGAUUUUGAUGUCUUGGUCGGACAUUUUACUUACUAUGAUCAGCAUGCAAAGGAUGAGCAUGUGAAACCCUUGAUAGAACAAAUAGAGAAGCUCGGUGAGUCUCUUUACAACAUCCAGUUUGAACAGCACUGGCUAGAGGCACAGACUGAUCGUCAAGCAUUAGUUAAUGAAGCGAUGAGCAGGAGAGCAGUCCAUAAAGCGAUUUUGGAAUCCUUUGCACUCGUUGGCGUAAGCGUGUUGCAAAUAUAUCUUUUGCGGCGCUUGUUUGAGAGGAAGCUAGGGACUUCAAGGGUCUAGAACUUGAAAGAUUCAGCAAAGUUAUUAUAUCGACUUACGAUGCUUUCAGGAAUUAGCUCAACUUAGCCUUACUUAAAACCUUUUUGUCGUGUUUUCUCAAGUAUGGAAGUGAAAUAAAGCAUGUACAAUAGGGAUCACAUUGAGUAUUAUUUUUUAUAGAAUAAUAGUCUUUCCAAUCCAUA